GUGUGCGCAAAUGAAAUGGAGUCCAUCCAAAGUUUGCAUCGACUUGAGUGGAGCUCGCUCUUCGAUCUAGUUGACCACGACUUGAGAAGCUUACCACUACCAAGUUCUCCUGCCCAGGAACAGCACUUCAGCACUGAUGCCGGAUUCUGUAGAGGGCUCCCAAAUCCUGUUGGAGUCAGCAUGAAAAAGAGGAAAUUAGUCCAGGAUAGAAAGGACUAUGUCAAAAAGCCACUUAACGCGUUCAUGAUAUACGCGAAGGAACAGCGCCCCUUGUUGAAAGAGUUGCAUGUCAACAAAGACAGUGCCAGCAUUAAUAAACUUCUAGGAGAGACGUGGAAAACACUCCCCUCUAGUGACAAAGAAAAAUACUUUGAGGAGCAGGUGCGCUUGGACCAGGAGCACAUAAUAAAAUAUCCCAACUGGUCGGCCCGCGACAACUAUGAUGUACGAGCCAACUCCCCGCUGCCUCUCCAGUCACCGCAUCUCUGA